CCCUAGACCAUCAUCCUGUGCCUUGCUUUCGUCUUCCUCGCCCCGAGCCUCGGCUCUCCUGACCUAACCAAUCCGACCCAAGGCGGCUACAUCUCUCCAUUGACUGUACCAGGGCGUGUCCUGCCGUAGCACUGCGUUGCCCGCCGACGCCUCCCCCCCCACCCACCCACUCCCACAACUCCUCCGCCCCUCUCACGCGCCUCGCCGCCAUCGCCGAUCCCGUUCUUCCUCGUCGCCAAAUUUCGUCCCUGCUCUCUCCGCCCCGUCCGCAAUCCCGGGCCAUUGGGUUUUGAGGUCUCGUGGAUUGGCGUUUGGAAUGCAAUGGUGGGGAUAGCCUGACCGUCCAGAGCCCGAAAGAAGAGCACAUUUCUCGUCCCAAUCUCGGUUUUCUUGGAUUUCGAUUCGUUUGUUGGGCCGGCCGAGAUGGACGACGACGGCAGCUUGAGCAUUCGGAAUUGGGGCUUCUACGAGACGAUGAAAGGAAACCUCGGCCUGCAGCUGAUGCCAUCUGUGACCGGCGGCCACCGGGACACGAAGCCGCUGCUCCCCAACGGUACCUUCUUGCAGCACCACACCCCCCCGCACCACCCGCCACAUUCGCACCACCCCCGCGACUAUGGUAACGGCGAACCCUCUGGUGGCAUGCCCGCCGAGCCGCCGGCUAUUCACAUGGACUUUGUGCGCAAUGAGGCCUGGAUGCACCCCUCGCAGCAUCAACAUCAGCAUCAGCAUCAGCACCAGCAUCAACAUCAGCACCAGCAUCAACUUCAGCACCAGCAUCAACAUCAACAUUCCCGUGAGUUGAAGGUCCUUAAUGCUGUUCCUGUUGGGCCUGCUCCACACAUUGGACAUCCUGGACAUGCUGUGCAUCACCACCCUACAGGUUUUGGGAUGAUGCCAGAUGCGCGUGGUGCGCACACUCUCCAGAUGAUGCAGCCACAGGAGCCUCCUGUGCCUGAUGAGGAAAAAAUUACCCCACCGCUGGUUGAAGAUCAUUCUGUGGUCGGAAGCAAGCCUCCUGUGAAGAAGAGGCAGCAGGGUCGUCAGCCUAAGGUUCCGAAGCCGAAGAAGCCCAAGAAGGAUGCUACCCCAGGGGAAGAUGGGGCACCCAAGGCCCGUGCACCCCGAAGCAGGGGUCCCCUUAAGCCUGUGGAAAUGGUAAUUAAUGGUAUUGAUUUUGACAUUUCAAGGAUACCAACACCUGUGUGCUCAUGCACUGGAGCUCCCCAGCAAUGCUACCGGUGGGGUGCAGGUGGCUGGCAGUCUGCAUGCUGCACAACUUCUAUUUCGACAUAUCCGCUGCCAAUGAACACAAAGCGCCGGGGUGCACGUAUUGCUGGGAGGAAAAUGAGCCAAGGUGCAUUCAAGAAGGUUCUUGAGAAGCUAGCUGGUGAAGGGUACAACCUUAAUAAUCCAAUUGACUUGAAGACCUUCUGGGCAAAGCAUGGCACGAACAAGUUUGUAACAAUCAGGUAAAAGCCAUGCUAUGUUGAUCGCCUUGUAGGGUCCAACGCUGCAGUUUUGCCUGAGUUAUUGCCUGUACCUGCUCUUGCCAAUCUGCAGAUGUCUUUAGAAGUAGCUUGUAGCCAUGUUCGGUUUCCUGGACUUAAUUUACAUGCCUAUUUCGAGCUUCAGCUGUGAAGUAGGAAGUCUGUCUGUAUCUGUCAAUUUAGAAGUUGUAGCGUAAUGGCAACAGUUUUUCUAAUUAGUUAGCAUUUAAUGCUUCAAUGUCUGUUAUGACCUGGAUGUUUAUGGCUUUAUGUAGAGCUUUUCUCCAUUGAAAGUUGAAAGAUAA